GGCCGGGUGCGCUCAGUAGUCGCGAGUGAAGCGCGCUGUGGUCGAGAGCGGUGGGAGCGUGUGAUGUGUGACGCCUACAGCGGUCGUCAGUGAUCGGUCGGAGAGUGCUGAGCUCAGGGACGGACAGUGCGCGCAGAGCCGGCCCCGGGCCGCGCCAGUGGCGAGCGAUGCGGGCCGAUCGAGGAGCGGCGAUCAUGUGGGCCUCCGUGACCCUGCUGGCCCUCAUUAUUGGACAGGUUUCCGGCUCGGGCUUUUUCGAGCUACAAAUUCAGAAAGUGCAGAACCCGAGCGGCGAGCGGCGGGACGGUAGCUGCUGCGGGGACGCGCCGCGUGGCCCCGGCGACCGGUGUCCACUGCAGUGCCGCACCUCGUUCCGACUCUGCCUGAAGGAGUACCAGAACCCGGUGCUCACCACCGGCCUCUGCAACUUUGGCAGCACGAGCAGCGCCGUCAUCGACGGCAACAGCUUCCGCAUGACGGAGAUGGCGGCCAACGCUACACUCCGACUGCCCUUCACAUUCUCCUGGAUGAGAUACUUCACCCUGGUACUGGAGGUGCUCGACAACGUCAAGGGACAGCCCGCCGCUGAGGUGAUCGAGCUGGCCACUCACUCCGGCAUCCUGAAGCCGUCCAGUGACUGGCACUCGACCACGCACCACGGCGUGGCCGCCACCGUCUACUACCGCUUCAGAGUACAGUGUGACGACAACUAUUACAACAGCACGUGCACCAAGCUGUGCCGGCCGCGGGACGAUCAGUUCGGUCACUACACGUGCGACCAGAACGGCGACAAACAAUGUCUGGACGGCUGGGUCGGGCCGCCCAACUGUGAGACACCUCAGUGCAAGGAGGGCUGUCACCCCAUCAACGGCCGCUGUGACCGGCCCGGCGAGUGCAGGUGCGAGCCGGGCUGGCAGGGGGAGUUCUGCGACGAGUGCGUCCCCUACCCGGGCUGCAAGCACGGCUUCUGCAACGGCAAGCCGUGGCUGUGCAACUGCGAGCUCAACUGGGGCGGCAUUCUCUGCGAGCAGGACCUCAACUUCUGCGGCACCCAUGAGCCGUGUGUGAACGGUGGCACGUGCGAGAACACGCGACCCGACAAGUACCGCUGCACGUGUCCGGAGGGCUUCUCCGGCGACAACUGCGAGGUGGUGGACAACCCGUGCGCCACGGGCCCGUGCCAGCACGGCGGCACGUGUAUCGACAUGAGCGGCGAAUUCCAGUGCUCGUGUCCGCCCGGCUGGACGGGCGACCGCUGCCAAAUCAAUGUGAACGAAUGCAGGGCGUCAUCACCGUGUCAGCACGGAGGAACCUGUGUCGAUCUGGUGGAUGGGUUCCGCUGCAGCUGCCCCCACGGAUGGGAGGGCAACCUGUGCCAACUAGAUUCGGACGAAUGCCAAGGAAGUCCGUGUGUGAACGCGGUCUCCUGUAAGAACCUGGUGGGCGACUACCAGUGCGAGUGUAUGGAGGGCUGGACGGGCAAGAACUGCGACCAGACCAUCAGUAACUGUGGCGAGCAGUGCCACAACGGCGGCACGUGCAUCGACCUGGCCAGUGACUACCGCUGCAUCUGCCAGUCUGGCUACACAGGCCGGAACUGCGAGGUGAACAUCAACGAGUGUGACCCGAGCCCGUGCCUGAACGACGGCGAGUGUGUGGAUCUGAUCGCCGGCUACCGCUGCAUCUGCCCUGUCGGCUACACGGGCGACCGCUGUGAGACGGACAUGGAUCUGUGCAACCCGAAUCCGUGCGAGAACGAGGCGCGGUGCUUCAACAGUAACAGCGACUACUACUGCCAGUGUCCCGACGGACUUCACGGCAAAAACUGCAGCGAGACGAAGGCCGUCUGCCUAGGACCGCAGUGCAACGUGGACAGCUGUAUGAUCGCGCCGACCGGCCUCAACGCGCCGGCCAAGCUGGUGACGAUCUGCGGCGAGCACGGACGCUGCAUCUCGGGACCGGCGGGCCAGUUCAGCUGCGCGUGCGACCCCGGCUACACAGGUCGCCACUGCCACCAGAAUAUCAACGACUGCAGCAGCGACCCGUGCCAUAACGGCGCAACUUGUAUCGACGGCAUCGACAGCUUCACCUGCAUCUGCCCGCUCGGCUGGGAGGGGCCGCUCUGCAACACAAAUAAGAACGAGUGUGAGCCGAACCCGUGCCGUCACAACGGUACGUGUGUGGACGCCGUGGCCGACUACGCGUGUGACUGCCCCGACGGAUGGAAGGGCAAACGGUGCCACCUGACCGAAUCACACUGCGAUCGGACCACGUGUCUGAACGGCGGCACGUGCCGCGACCUGGGCUCCACCUUCCUCUGCCACUGCACGCCCGAGUGGGAGGGCACCGUCUGCCAGCUGAGGAAGAGCCCCGCCUGCAGCGCCAACCCGUGCCUCAACCUGGCCACGUGCGUCAACACGGGAGACACCUUCUCGUGCAUCUGCAGAGAGGGGUUCGAGGGGCGCCGCUGCGAGCACGACAUCAACGACUGCAACCCGCACCCGUGCUACAACGGCGGCAGCUGCGUGGACGGCGUCAACUUCUUCACCUGCGUGUGCCCGCGCGGCUUCCUCGGCCCUGACUGCCGCAUCAAUGUGGAUGAGUGCGCCAGCAGCCCGUGUUCGUUCGGCAGUACCUGUGUGGACGCCGUCGGAGGAUUCACGUGCAUCUGUCCGCCCGGCAGAGGUGGAUCGACCUGUUCAGAGGUGGUUGACCAGCCAGCGUCCGGCGCCACGUGCCACUGGCGAGGCUCAGAGUACGCCGACGGACACACGUGGCAGAACUCGUGUAACACGUGCCGCUGCCAGAACGGACUGGUCACGUGCACCAAACUGUGGUGCGGCGCGUCCAACUGCAUCGAGCUCGUCAAUGAUGUGCUAAAGUUCACCGAGUGCGGCGCCGGACAGGUGUGCGUCCAGGCGCCCAGCGACAACUGCCUCUCGCCGCCGUGCGCUCAUCACGGAGAGUGUCGAAAACUGGGCGUCGGGAAGACGGUCAACCCGCCCAUCAGCCCGGCGCCGACCAGCUGCUGGCCCAACCAGGCGUUCCUCAGCAACUCGUGCGCGCGGCUGACUGUCCGUCUCGAGUCAGCACAGCUGGCGCCGGGCACCACGGUCGAGGGAGUGUGCACACAGCUGCGCCGUCUGCUCGUCCAGCAGACUCCCGACUCGCUCACCGGCGAGGCGCUGGUCGUCAUGUGUGACCUGGCCGAGGGGGAGCGAGGAGCUAUCGCCGUCACACUGUCGACGCCCCGCUCCCCGGGCGUGUCCGCCAUCAGUCCGCUGGUGACGGAGACGGCUCAGCGGCUGGGCGAGCUGCUGCGCGCCGGUCGCGGCUCGCUGCCGGUGGCCGCCGCCGUCACCGAGGUGCACACCGAGACCAGCGAGCAGACGGCGCCGGCCGGCGGCGGCCCGCUGCUGGCCGUCGUCUGCACGCUGCUGGCUGUCGGCGUGCUGGCCGUCUGCCUGCUGCUGCUGGCCUGGCAGCAGCGGCGCCGCGCGCGGCUGCUCCGUGACGAGCAGCAGACCAAGGAGGAGAACUGCAACAACGUGCAGAACGAGAAGAACCUGCGCCGAUACAGAAACCGACUGGACUCUCCCGACAGUGAGACGUGCCGCGCCGGCUGCACUAGUGACGCCUGCCGGGACGGAUAUAAACUAAAGGAGCUGGACGCUCCGCCGGGCGGCGCCACAGCCGCACCGCCCAAGCGCCGCGACUCGCUCGAGCCGUGCGAGCUCCCGCUCGACUCGCCGAGGCCAGAGAAACCGGCUCUCUACAAGCCGGUGAACGUGAACAAUCUCGCGCCGCCGCGGGGCGCCGGCCCCUCCAAGGAGAUCAACAAGGAGAUUUUGCGCGGCGCCGCGCUGCGGCAGUCGGCGCUGAGCAGGACGCUGAGAGAGGACUCGCCAGAGUUCCACGAGGUGCUAGUGUGACGCGCGCGGCGCCCGACGGCCGGCCGGCCGGCCUCUUCCCCCGAGACUAGUGCAAUGCCGGCGCGCACGCGUGAGCGAGCCGCAUUUUGUUGCGUUUAUCGUUUCGGACAUUGGUUUACGAGCUUACCCAGAGCGAUGUAGGUAUAUUUUAUUGUUGACGGCUGUCUGCUCGGUUGGUUUUAUUCUCGGACGGAUGUGCGGUUUAGGCUUGUUCUCUGUGUUGUGCUUUGAGACCAGUUGGUGGAUUUUGUCGGGCGGCGAGUGGGCGUCGCCAGCCGGCCGGCCGCUGCUGCGGCGAGCCUCUGUGAGACAAUACGCCGUCACGACCCCAGGGCCGGACGGCGUGAGGAGCUGUGAUGAUUUUAUACGCAUUUCGCACCUGUGUGACAUAUAUCUCAUUCGCCAUCACUGUAAGUUGUAUGAUAGAUUGUGUAGCCGUUGUCGAUCCUCACAUGUGUUGCCAUAGAUUUGUCUUUUAUGUAUGUGUGCGUGUAUGUGUGUGAUUGCGAUCUCCUGCGGGCAGUGUAUGUGGGGUGUCGCUGGGGUGGGCUGCGAUGGGACUGGGUAGGGAGGGUCAGAGUCGGUAUGUCCCCGGUCACACACCAGGGGCGGCCCGGCUCGUCCGCGGGGCCUGCGUGCCACCGCCGUGGAACGGGGACCAACGAACCAGUGGCGAGGCAGCUGCGGCAACCGCCGUGGCGCUGUACUCGCCAGCUAUUUAAUAUUGAUGUCCACGAAUGCUGAAUGUUUGCUGUACAGAAAAUAUACCGUGCCUGCAUUAGCAAUA